ACGACGUAAACAUUUCCACCACUUCCGGGUCAACCAACAUGGCUAACAACCGUUAGCUUGUCCAGUCUUGCCCCACGGAAACCUGAAGAAUUCUAAUGGCUUCAUUCGGCUGGAAGAGGAAAGUCGGCGAGAAGGUUUCAAAGUCGGCGGUGCAGCAGUUUGAGGCCGAGGCAGCGAAGACCGAGAAGACCGACGACGCCGGGCCGAGAGCGGCCGAAGAGGUGGACUGGCUGCACGCCAUCAAACGGCGGCGGGAGGUCCUGAUGGAGGACUGCGCGGCCAAGAGCGGCCGGCUGAAGGAGGAAGGAGCGGCGCUGGCGGAGCACGGCAGACACUGGGAGGCCAUUAAGAAGUUGGACGAGGCCAUCCAGCUGACACCAGACAACCCACUGCUGUAUGAGAUGAAGUCUCAGGUGCUGACCAUCCUGCAGGAAGUGUUCCCCGCGGUGAAGGCGGCGGAGAUGGCGGUGAAGUUCCGCCCCCUGUGGUGGGAGGGCUGGCAGACGCUGGGCCGCGCGCAGCUCAACCUGGGAGAGGUGGACCUGGCCGUGAGGUCCUUCCAGGUUGCGAUCCACUUGUGCCCGUCGGAGCGCAACCUGUGGCAGGAGGACCUGCAGUGGGCGUGGCGGUUGCGGAAGCAGCACCUGGCGACCGAGGCGAAGGCCCGGCAAGAGGAGGAGGCCAAGGAGCGGAUCCUCAACGCCCCGGAGCUGCAGCGGGAUUACGAUUUUGAGUCGGAGGAGGUGCUGGCCGCCUGCGUGGCGGUGGCGGAGCGGCAGGCGCGCUACGAGGAGCUGAGGAGGACCGCCGUGGUCGUGGACGCCGAGGGGAACAUCAAAAACGUACUCGUCGGGGCAGAGGGGUCGGAGGAUGCGACGACCCCGUUUCAGGAACAGUUUGUCAAAGCAAGAGGACCCUGAAAGGCUUUGGUUGAUUAUUGUGGUUUCAUUUCCUUUUCAAAGCGAAAGGUGUUAUUUAGAACCCAGUCGGUGUGAGACAGAAGCACGUGAGAGAAAUGACUGAUGCUGCUGUUGGUUAAUUACAGCAGAAGAGAAGACGGUUGAGUUGUGUUUGUGUUUCAUCUCUUGUUUUUAUUGUCUAAAACGUGCAUGGGAGGUUUUACAUGUUUUGAAUGUGAUAGUUCUGUCAUCAUUUUGUAAUUAUAUAUAAAAAAAUAGAAGAAAAUGAAGCAGUGAAAAGCUGCAAACAUGUUCAUAAAGUAACAGUUAAAGAUUUGUGUUACGCCGUUUGCUUCUAUAAACACAAAAUAUAUUUAUCUUUCAGAAGGAAUUUGCUCUGAGAUGAAUCAUCACAAGCACGCGCCUCAAACAGAUUUUAAUAGUUAGUAGUCUUGGUCCUCUUUCUGAUCCGUUAAAUGUUAAUGACCUUUGAGGUUUUGAUGUGUGCGAUUGUGAAACACGGAGCCUGCAGGGUCAGUGAGUGAAUAAACACGCAACCAAAUAUGCAAUCGUUUCCUGUUCCUCUGUGUUGGUUUUCUUUGUAUUUUAAGUCUAUUGGAUUCCAGCAACUGUUUCAUGGAGCCGAGUCCUUUCUUAAAUGAUAAAGCACAGAUUUUGUCGCUGACAUCAUGUUCUGUCUUUCUAAAAAUUAUCUAAAAUAAAAUACUGAAUCAGUCAAA